AUGAAAGAACCAUGCUUCAGGUGUAAGCGACCAACUUAUUUUAAUGAUAAGAUGGGUCCAUUAAAAGACGGGUCAAUGUUUCAUAAAGGAUGUUUCAAAUGUUGGAUUUGUGGAACUAGACUCUCGUUGAAAACUUAUCAUAAUAACAGAAACGAUAACACUGAUCUCGAAGUGAGUUUUGAGUUUGUCAAUUAUUUUAAUUCAUUUCAAAAUUCAGGUAUACUGUGCCGGUCACGUUCCAACUCCAGGACCACACGAUCCAAUUCCACAUCGAUCAAAUCUUUUAUUCUCACCAAAAACCAAAGGUGAAUAUCCACACAAUUUGAUGAGACCUGCUGGACCAACAUAA